AUGGAUAGAGUUGAUCACAUCCAACGAAUAAUCGAUCCGAAACAUCUUGAGAAACAAAUCAGACCAUUUAACCACCUUGAAAAAGUUUUUGUGUCAUUUUCGCCACGAGCCAUUCGCCAAUAUAGUAAUAACCAUUUUAAUGGCUUUUUUCGGAAUAAUGCUCGCAGUUCUUGCUUGGCGGCAUAUAGGAAAGCUUUGGAUGUUGAAAUAACCCAUGAACCCAAGCAGCGGCAGCUUGAAGCUUUGGAUGUUGAAAUAACACAAGAACCCAAGCAGCGGCAGCUUGCUGAGGACAAGGAGGUGAAUGCUGGGUAUCCUGGAAGCAGUGUAAAUAACCACCAUUACAUCCCUAGGCAGGGCUUUAACAACUUUGGUGGUGAUGGGGGAAAUGGUGGCGGUGGGUAA